AAGCAGCGAUGCCGUCGCUCACCAAAACGCUCGUCGUCCUCGCUGUUGCGGCCAAUGGUUUCCUCGCUCCUGCCCCUCAGAGGCCAGCGACGGUGCUGCAAGCGGCCACGAUCGCUGCCAAGGACGUCAGUGCGCUGCGGAAAGCCUCCGGUACCAACCGGUGCAAGAAAUGCAAGAAAAACGGCGCCUUCAAACUGGUCGCGCGGGCCGCUCGGACGCGCGAGCUCUCCAGCCGUGCGUUGCCGCCGCGACGCCAUCGCCGCGACACAGAAAAACACACAACACAAAAACGCAGGCGCCGGCAUGAUGGACUGCAAGAAGGCCUUGGUCGAGGCCGACGGCGACGUCGAGAAGGCCUCGGAAUGGCUGCGCGUCAAGGGCCUCGCGUCCGCCGCGAAGAAGGGCGAGCGCGCGACGAAGGAGGGCCUCAUCGAGACCUACGUGCACACGGGCGGCAAGUUAGGUGUGAUGGUCGAGGUGAACUGCGAGACGGACUUCGUGUCCAAGGGCGACAAGUUCAAGGAGCUCUGCAAAAUGCUCGCCAUGCAGAUCGCGGCGUGCCCGGGCGUCGAGUACGUCAAGGCCGAGGACAUCUCGGAAGAGGCGCGCGCCAAGGAGCGCGCGUUGGAGAUGAAGAGCGAGGACCUCGAGGGCAAGCCCGAGGCCAUCAAGGAGAAGAUGGUCGAAGGGCGGGUCAACAAGAUGUUCAAGGAGAAGAUUCUCUUGGAUCAGAAGUACAUCAAGGACGACUCCAUGACGGUCGCGGACUUCGUCGCGAGCUACGUCGCCGUGCUCGGCGAGAACAUCCAGGUCGCGCGGUUCGGCACGUUCCGCCUCGGCGAGACGCAGGACGCGUAGACUCGACUAAAGAUUGGGGAAAG